AUGGCAUUUGUACCAUAUUUAUGCAGUACACCAAAAUUUGUUCCGAUUAUCAAUCAACCAUCACAUUUUAUCUUAGCAGCACCAAAUGUACAAAAAAGUAAAAAACAACGACAAUUAACAAAUCCUUCAUAUUGUCGACCAUUAAAAAAAUGUCAUCGUUAUCAUUCAAAACAAUCUAAUGCAAGUACAGCUAUCAAUCGACAACAUCAUUUUGAUAAUGAUACAACAAUCCAUAAUAAUAAUCACCAACAACAACAGCAUAUUUUUUUUUGUUUACCCUUUAGUCUUUUUCAGAUAUCAAAACGAAGACGACAUGAUCCAUGUCAUGUAUAA